AUGCUAGAUCUUGUCCUGAUGGUGAAGCUGCUUUUUUCGUUUUUCAUCAACAAACCGGCAGCCCUCGAGGCCGUUGCCCUGGGCAACUCCGACAGCCCUCUGCUGGUCCGCCUGCCAUCCCGACCGUGGGGCGCCGUCGCAUCUCUAAGCAAGGCGGAGGUUCAGGCAGCCGCUGGAACUUCCCUUCCCAAGCGCAUCUCUGUUGUCCGUGACUGCUUCGCUUCUUUUGACCAGCCGCAGCGCCCCCUGAACCAGCGUUCGAUGCACAGAAACCCGGGGUUAGAGAAACUGGGCAGCAUGCGCCAUUUUCGUGUACAACGAUCAACCGCCUACGUUGUACCCGGUUGUGGAACUCGAGCACGACGAAAUGCCCCCGACCCAAAUCAGAUCUACGUGCGGAUCACCCUGUACUCGGCAUGUCUUUAUGCGGCUAAGGAUUUCGCCUUUAAAGAUUUACAGCUGGUUCGUCCGUUGGGUCCGUCCUCCGUGGCCGUCUCCGCUGCGCUAGCCUCCCAGCCCGAGCACCGCGCCGUGGUCGACACGUACACCCUCGCCGCUGCCGGGGACACCUACGAGCUGGAGCCGGGACCGGGAUCGGUCGCCGCGGACCUGAUCUCCUUCUUGCGUGCCCAGAAACAGCGCGUGUCGCUGGUGCCGGAUGUGGCGGUCGCGGAUGAUCAGCUGCAGGAGGCCACCCCCGUGGUGGCGGCCAAGAAGGGAGUGCGUCAGUCCACCAACGAGGUGCUGAUGGUGGCGCCCACCGCCUUCGGCUUUAACGAGCAGGCGGCCCAGGACAACAGCUUCAUGCACGCGGCCGCCAAGCCCGGGGAAGGCAAUGAGCUCACUCGGCAGGUGCUGCGGGAAUUCGCCGGGCUGCAUCACGCGCUGACCCAGGUGGCAGGAGUGAAGGUGAACCUGUUCGAGCACCACCUGUCUCACGGCACUCCGGACGCCUGCUUCCCCAACAACUGGUUCAGCACCCACCCCGCGGGCGAGGCGGCGGGCGGUGUCAAGCAGCCCACCCUCGUGUUCUACCCGAUGAAGUGCCCCAACCGGGCGGCGGAGCGCAGGGAGGACAUCAAGAAGGUUCUGGCCACCAAGGGCUACAGUCGAUUGUACGACAUGAGUGGGGAGGAGGCCAACAAGAAGUACUUUGAGGGCACGGGUGUGUUGGUGAUUGAUCGUGUCAACGGUGUCGUAUAUGUUGACAUCAGUGAGCGAGCGGAUCGCUCCCUGGCGGAGGAAUGGACCCACAAUAUAGGCUACAAGGAGCUGGUGACCUUCAGGUCGACGGACCUCCGCGGCAAGUCGGUGUACCACACCAACGUCAUGAUGGCCAUUGGCACGGGGGUAGCCAUCGUGUGUGCGGACAGUGUCAAGGACGCCAAGGAGCGACAGCACCUGCUGUCGUCCCUCCGUCGUACACACGAGGUCGUCGAGAUCAGUCUGGCCCAGAUGGACGCGCUGUGCGGCAAUGUGCUGGAGCUGGAGGACGGCAGGGGCCUGCCAGUGAUGGCCAUGUCCACGCAGGCCUACAACGCCUUCACGGAGGACCAGCGACGGGUGAUGCGGCGCCACGUCGCAGACCUGGUGCAUGCGCCCAUCGAUACCCUGGAGCGAGUGGGAGGUGGAGGCGUGCGCUGCACCCUGGCCGAGAUCUUUUGA